AGUGCCAAAAAUAACAAGACUGAAAAUAAGAACAAGAGGAGGAACAACAAUAAGCAUAAACAACAAAAAUCAAGAAAAUAACUUACAUUAAAAUGGAAAGAAAACGAAGAAAAAAAAGAAGAGAAAAUAAAAGAGAAAGAAAAGGACAACAUUUCUUCACUUACUCGAACCUUAAAUGACAAGGACACUCUGAGAAACAAACAAAGGAGGACCAAACAAGUAAGAGCAGUAUUAAGAAACGCUUUCCUUUUUUACGACAACUAUUCCCAAAGGUUCUCGUUGAAGAUACUCUUGUUUUUAGGGGCAUUUUUACGACUUCCGAUGAUGGAUUAGCAAGAUUUCUAGUUGAUCACAAGGAAAAACUGUCUUGAAAACGCAGGACUUGAAAAGAAGAGCAAGGCGUUUCUGAGCAUGGCAGUAAAAAGGCAAAGGUCGCGUCUCGGCUGCCGCAGUUUCGUGUCCCGGGCGGAUAUGGCACAUGCCGCAAGUGUCGCCGUGAUAGAACUCCUGACCUCUACACACCGUCUCACGUCCUGUAGGAUUCCACCGAGUCCUCCGCCGUCUCCUGAGCCGUAUUGCUUCCUGUUGCGUCUAAGGUUCUUCUAAAUGCACUCGUAAAUGUUGUGUUUCCCCCUUAACUGGUUUGUAAGGCCGCAGAAGAGAUCAGGUUCUCAUUGAUACUUUUUUUUUGUGGGAAGAGCAAAAAACUAGAGUAGAAAAGGUGGCUACUGAGGUGUCAGAUACGAACGUCAAAAUUUGGAGGAUUAGAAAAAAAAAGUGUCUUGAAAUCCUCCUCGAGCAGUUGAUACUUUCGUCGCAAACCAGGGACUUGAAAUUAGGAGAAAGCACUUAGUAUUGAUUAACAAACGAUUACAUAGAAAAGAAAUAACGGUAGCUGCAAGAAUCCGUCAUGCUUACACGUGGCAGUCCUGUAUGAAACACGUCUAUCUGUUUCCAUUUUGUACUAAUGAACGAAGCUAUAAGACAAGAAAACUGGCGCCUGUGUUCAUCCCAGUACUCGACUCUUUUAGGGAACAGAAAUAUGUAGCGUUACGUAAUCAUUUCUCCGCUCUCAGCCUUCCUCCCUGACGCAAAGGAAAUACAAACCCGUGAAAAAUCUUACACGGACAACUUUCUAUCCUAUUUAGUAAGUGGGAUAUCCGUUUUUAGCUCCUUUACGUGGCCGGUGCUCCCACCACACCACCGCUGAGAAGCUAGCUUGAGGUUGUUUGUCAGGUCACGCGUGCGCCUCUGUUAUGGGAAACCAUCCAUUGUGUGACGCCGUGACGCAUCCCGCCUCUUUGGUCUUUGUCCCGCCGAAAGGGACACACAGCCACUCGUUCAGGUGGUUGCUGCUUGCCUGUGGUGGAGGGUGACGCGAAGAGAGCUGCGGCGAGGGGCUGUGGUGGAGGCGACGACAGCUUUGCACGAGUUAACGUUAGCAGCAACAAACGGACGCAGCGAGGCAGAGCAGCAGGCGUUAUGGUUCUCAAGGCCGCCAUGUGUGGGCGCCCUGUGGCCAAGGAGGAAGCAGGAGUGCCAGGCAAGGAUGGUAAGGACGCCCGCAUGGCCCCACACGGCUAUGGCUCCCCAGCAGCACCGCGCUUCUGCCCCGGACGUGUGCUUGCACAGGCAUGUCCCGCCCCAGCUUGCACUGCAAUGGCUGUCUUGUUCUGCUCGUUGGUGCAGCUGGCGGGGGCGUCCCUCCCAGUGACCGCCCCAUCCUUCUCCGUACCACGUCCCACGCCACGCCUCCCUGCCGCCUCGGAAGUGUUUGCUCAUCACGGCCUCGCCAAGACCACCGCAGGUUCAAGACACAUCCAUCCAGCGGAGGACACCGUUGCCCGCGCCGCCCGGAGCAUCCCAGCGAUCCAGAGGGUGGAGAUGCACGGGCCGCCGCUGCCCCACAGGAAGACGCUGUUCGUGGAAGUGGUAGUGCUCGCAGAUGUCAGCCUCUACACACACUACGGCUCUCGCCAGGACGCUGAGGAGCACAUCGCACAGGUCCUUAGCGUCGCCAACCGGGUGCUGGGCGGCCUGGGCGUGAUGGUGGUGGCGGCGGAUGUGCAGGUCUGGUGGAACAGAGAUGAGAUGCGCGUCACUUCAAGACUUGACACUAACAUUGCCCGCCUUCAGGAGCACCGUCUGUGGCUCCUGCGGCAGUAUCCCCGCCAUCCUAAUGACCACACCAUUCUCCUGACGAGGAAGCAGAUGCGAGGAGGAGGAGGCUCCUGUGGUGCCCCACUGCGAGGAAUGUGUAGAUCUGUAUCUUUGGUGGACAGGAGGCAGCAGUCCGUGAGCGUGGUGCAGGACGAGAAGGAAGGGCCCAGCGUGACGGGCGUGGCACUGGCACACGAGGUUGGUCACAGCCUGGGCAUAGAGGAUGAUUCGGAGGACCCAGACCACGCCUGCCGCUGCGAUACCGCCACCUGCGUCAUGAGCCGUCACUUCAGAAAUGGCUCCAACCCAGGUUUGGAGUGGAGUGGCUGCAGUAGGCAGGCCUUUGACUCUGCCCUGAAGACACUGGCUCUGAGCUGCCUAACAAAUGCCCCCACCACCAUGCACCGCAACCCCCGCUGCGGCGACGGAAUUGUGGAUGACGGAGAGCAGUGCGACUGCGGCCCCGCUGAGUUCUGCAACAACCCUUGUUGCCUCGCCGACACCUGCACACUGGCGCCCCACGCUUCCUGCGCCUCAGGCUCGUGUUGUGAUCCUCAGACGUGCACGCCCAAGACUCCGGGAGCAAUGUGCCGCGCCGCCGCCACGGAGUGUGACCUGCCAGAGUUCUGUUCCGGCCACUCCGAGUAUUGCCCCAGGGACGUCACCAGAGCGGACGGAGAGGUCUGCCGUGAGGGCCACUGCUUCAAGGGGGAGUGUGGCAGCCGCGAAGGACAGUGUAAGCGUGUGUGGGGUGACUCGGCCUCAGUAGCGCCAUCUGAAUGCUAUUCUGCAUUGAACGUGCACGGGAACCGCGCCGGAAACUGUGGACUCAGGGCGGGUGGCUUCCAUCGCUGCCACAAAGAGGAUUCUCUCUGCGGAACAUUACACUGUAUCGCUCCUGCCUCGUCCUCGCGCCUUCUCGAGUACCACGGUAACGGGUCUGAGCGCGUGGGGCCUCACACGUGUCAUUUCAUCUCAGGAUCCGAGGAGUACCCCGCCCAACAUUGGCUGACCCCCGAUGGCACCUCUUGUGGCCCCGGAAAGAUGUGCGUAGAGCAGCGGUGCCAGACAGUGCCGAAGCUCAGCGGGGAGUGCCACGGCGGGUGCUCUGGUCACGGGGUGUGUAACAGCCUCGGCCACUGUCACUGCGACACAGGCUUUGCACCCCCAAAUUGUUUCCUGCCAGGCCUUGGGGGAUCCGUGGACAGCAACGUGAUGUCUGACGUCUAUGACCCAUGGAUGCUGAUAACACUGGCCUGGGUGGCGACGGUGCUGCUGCUCAGUCUGGGGGCGGUGACGUGCUGCCUGUGGGGUUGGUGCAAAGGUUGGUACAAGAGCAAAGGACGUGACAAGAUAUCUGGAAUUGUGCCCUGCUGCGCUGCCUGCCUGGAUGCUUGUUGCUGCCCCAUCACCACCAAGGCCGUCCGGUGGAUGUUGACCGUGGGAUCAGACCCCGAAAAGAAACAAGCAAACACAAACAUUGAAGUAGACGAUGCCGAGAAAGAGCACAUGUUGUGCAGCGUGGGCGUGGAAGUCAAGGGCUCCUUGCAAACCAACACAUGGGGCGUGGCCGACGAUAAGCUAGUGACAGAGAUGGUCACCAUCGAACCUAAGGACUCGCCUGACUUCCGCAGGGAAGUGAAACUGCCCCCAGACUCCCCCCUCCUGCACCACAAGUCUGCAAACAACCUUCACCGCCCCACCUAUCAGCAGUCCAUCUCCAUGGACUCCGGCUGCGUCUCGGACUCCGACGAAGACGUCUCCGGCAAGAGGACCUCCCUGCAACUGUCUAUGGGCAGCCUGGUCAGUUUGUUCUUCAAGUUCGGGGACAAGAAACCCAAGACGGCCUUAGAUAACGAGACUGUCCGCACUAAGAGUUUCGGCAGCCAGAAAUCCAUCCCGCUGAGUCGCUUUGUGGUGGAUCCAUUGGCGCGCGGCUCCCGCCAGGGCACGCCGCCCCCCCACUCCGUCAAGCCCAUGUAUAACAGAUCCUUCUCCACUGAUGUCAUUUCAAAUGGGAGAAAUCGAAAGGAAGGAACGCCCCCGCUUCCACCGUCUGCUGCUCUAAAGCCAAAUAAAAGCGAAGAAAAUUUGUCUAAGGCCUCAGGAGCGGCGACGGGCGGCGGAUUGCCAGACAUACCGCACAGUCUCCCUGCUGACGCCAAGAGUCCAGUGGCCGCGUCACCAGACAGGCGCGGCGCCAUGGAAGUCGCGUCCACCGCCUCCAAGGUGCCACCAAAACCACCUAAAAAUAAGCCUUUGCCAUCACCGCCAAAGGUCCCUCCCCUGAAACUUGGCUUUGGUCCUCAGACGCCACGCCAAUGCCACCACGAAAAGCCCAGUCCUCCCCACGGUGCGGCGCGGCCAAGCCCUCCCAUGACUCCCUCACGGUCUCUGAGUUCCUCGCCGGCCAGCACAGCCUCCAAUAAAGUCAUGGAAAUGGCAAGAAAAUUUGAAGUUGCCUGAGGUGGAGCCCGAAGGAGAGCACUGCGGUCCCCUGUCCUUCCAUCCAGCGCCUGAAGGCCAGACCAUGUAAGCCUAUUGCUGCAACUUGUGAAAGGAACCACAGCGCACCACUGGUGUGCGUCAGCUGCUGACUAAGUGUAUGCGAUUGCCGCUGAUGUUUACGGUGCUGAGUGGGGUGCUGCAGCAACAUGGCUGCUCGCCAGUGAGUUAUUCUUCACACUUACAGGGAGAGUGGCGGGAGGGGCAGUGUAAGUGAGCGAGCGGUGGGAGGAGGAGGACCUGGUGUGCCAAGCCACACCUGGACAAGGCAAAUAAGACUCUCUAUCGAGGCUUCCGAGUCACCAGUGUCCGGUGCUACUUUAGCUUUAGUUUGUCCAUAUCGUCGUUUUCUUCUAUAUUUAUGUCAAACUUGUGAUAAUAAACGUAACUAUUAGUA